UCUAAUUAUACGGAUCAAAUCAUAGUCUCAUACUAGCUUCGAAUCGUAGCAUCGGGUGUUAGCCCCCAAGUAACUAGUAUAGGACGCUGGAAAAGUGUAGGCCUUCCGCCAAGUACAACGUCGGGCGCAGCGCAGCCAACGCGUAGUUUCAUCUUUCUGUCGAUUGUGCCCCAUGCCACUGAAAACCAAAAUAUUACCCAAUUUCACCGAGUGCUAUUAGCCAAGUGCCCUUAUUAAUAAAAAGGGGAGGUGCAGAAAAACGCUUCAACGACUUCUUUUCACCAGUUUUUCAAACUCAUCUUAACGAACGAACCAAUAACCAUACAUCAGCUGAUCUCAGCGCAUCGGAAUCGGACGACAGGCUAAAACCCUUUCACAUCAGCAGAGAGACAGAAUCGAGUCUAGACGAAUCCCAUCGAAAAAAUGGCUCACACACAUCUGGGACGCGCCGUGAAAAACAUUGAGGCGCCACGCCCACUAAAGACACAGUCGCGCUCGUCGCUUAAAAACAGCUACCUGGUGAUUGAGGAGCUGAUUCAGUUGAUUGACAAUGUCACUGUCGGUUUGCAGUCUUGCAACACCACACCGGACUCGAUUACGCUACUCUUGCACAACCUUCGAGUCCACGGGCCGCAGCUAGAGGCCCUGUCCAAGGAUACGCUCGAUCGGGCCUUCGUCGUGUUUCGCAACGCUUCGCAGGACGAACGCCUUAACAUAACGACACGCCUUAAACUCCUCGAGCUAAUUGAGCUGCGCGCCAAGAGCUGGGAGCAUGACGACACAAUUGCUUACUACAAGUCCAAGCAGCAAGUCUCUAACGUAGAGCUUCCAGCGGAACCGUAUCCGUACGAUGCCGGCGGACAGCCUGGCGGAUUUCUUAGCACCUCCCCCACAUUCGGCGUCAGCGGCGGCGUUGGCGUUGGCGGAGUUAACGUUGGUGCCGCCGCCGCUGCUGCCGCUUUUAAUGUUGCCUCAGCAGCCGCCGCCGCCCAGGCAGCGGCCAUUGCAGCCGUCGGCACACCCAACCAGCAGCAUCUGCUGCUGCCACCCGGUGAGGUCAUUCGCAACUCCGGCAAGUUUAUCAAGCCGACCAAGAUACCCGGCAAGACAUAUUGCAAGGAUGAAGUGGUCAUCCGUAACGCAGACUCCGGCAAGGUCAUGGGUAUCAAGGGUCGCCGCGUGCACAUGAUCGAGGAACUUAGCGAAACAAUAAUAUCGUUUCAAAGAGUUAAUCCUGGCGCCAAGGAGCGUUUGGUGCAGAUCACUGGUCCAGCUGAAGAUAAAAUUAACUACGCCAAACAAUUAAUGGAGGAUACAAUUAGACGAAAUGCAUCCCCGGUCCGUCUGGAACCCGCUCCAGCCGCCGGUGGAUCCUGCUCCUCACUGAACUCUUCCAAUUCUGAUGACGCCGUCGUGCAGCCAAGGACUCCGGGAGGCAGUGGAUUGGCCAACCGGCUGAGCUUUAAUUCGGCCCAGAAUUUUAUGACUGCCACGGCUGCUGCACAGCAGAUCUCGCAGCACCAUCAACAGCAACAACAGCAGGUUGCCGCAGUGGCCGCCGCAGCGGCAGCAGCAGCGGCUCAGGCGCAGGCGACGGCUGCUGCCGGUAAAGUUUUGCGACCAAAUCAGCAGCUGUUAAUGCACUCAUAUUCCACAAACGAUGCUUCCGUAGGUGAAUACAAGUUCACGGUCAACGUGGGCCAGCACCUGAUCAAGAUUACCGGUGACUGCUGUGAGCUAGUGCGCGUGGCCAAGCUCGUACUGGAUGACUAUUUCAGCAGCUCAGAGUUUUUGGCUUCCAUUGAGGCUGGCGCUGCCUUCGAUGGAACUUCAUUGGUGAGCCCGGUAACCACCCCAUCGACUCCGCUUCCUGGCGCUGGGCCGCCGCAAUUUAUGCUGCCUCUGGCAGAUAGUGGCAUUGGACUGAACUACGUCGCCUCGGCCAACAACAACGGCGACGUUGAGGACGAGGUGUUUGAGCCCAACAACGGAGCAACCUCGUCUGCUAGCAAUGGGCUGGCCAGGUCGCGUCGCAGCCACUUUUCACGCAAGGAGUCCACGCCAGAGACAAAGACAGCUCGCGAAAAGUUUGAGGUCGAGGAACUCGCCGUCAACAAUUCCCUGAAGACAAACUCAUCACGCGUUACUUACGAUAUUGAACACUUGAUCUACUUCUCGAAGGGUCCACAUGCUUGGGCCCUGCCCACCGACUGGCAGAGAAUGCAGGAAAAAACUCCGUCUAUUCUGCGUAACAAGGUAAUUCGACCGGCUGUUGAUCCCGAGCAUUCCGUUGCUUCAUCGAACCCCUUCGAAUCCAUUACCACCACCAUUGCACCCAACUCAUCAACAGUAAUAACAAUUCCUAAUGCGUCAACAGCUGACGGUAUUUGUAACACAUCCACAACCACAACACCCACCAUAACCGCCGCUGGAAGUGAUGCUAUCAUUGACCUAACCGUAACUAACAAGCUAUCAAGGGGAAUACCCGAUCGCGACGUCCGUCGGGCUCCCAAGCCAUCGGCUGAAUCCGAUCGGAAUCUGUACAAUAAGCAGUUGCAAAUCAUAACCAAUGCUAUGGGAGGGUCGCUAGGUGGCCAGGGCAAGAAUCGUCAGCAGUCGCAAGUGAAGGCCAUCUUCCAACGCUACACCGAAGACGACGAGUUCGCCUUGGCUUUGUGCGAUAAUUUGCCAGAGUUGAACAAUAACAAUAGAUCCUAUGUUUAAGUUUUUCUAUAUCAUUAUUACGUAUUCGAAAUACGUACAUCUCAUGACCAUUUGAAGCCAACAGAAGGCUGACAUAUAUUAUUGUUUUUAUGUUGUUUUUCGAACAUUCGAGAAAUACCUCGAGUAUACCUCAUUUUUUGUUUAUCUUAAAAGACUGCUAGUGCAGUAUUCUUAACAUUAUCUCAAAUACGAUGCAGUAUUACUUAACUUUUUAUUUUACUUCAUCUGAAAACCUGCCAGUGAUGCUUGCGAAACUGAAACCAAAAUGUUAGCUUUUAGACUAAAGCUAAGCACUUUCAAGAUAUAUCAUUAUGAAUAUCAUCCAGUCAUUUAGCUAUAGAUAUGCCAACGACACAAUAACAUAAAAGCGCAACCAUUUGCUAGUCCUAGACAUGUAAAUGAUAAAAAAAAAUUCAAAAUAAACCGAAAUGGAUAAUCUGUGUUUUGGCUGUGAAACAGAUUUAAGUCUUUCAUAGGAGUUAACCGAGCCGCGUUUAAGCAGUUCUAUUAUAAUACUUACUAACAUAACCCACAAAAACACUCUCGAAUAUGCACAACCACAUUACCGAAGCUGUAAUUAAUUCUUAAAUAAGACUUGUAAGAGCUGUAAUAAUACAAGCAAUAUUUGGGAUGAAUGUAACAAACCUAGUUGUAAGCGUUUUACUCCCCCUAAUACUCAAUUCGAUUUACAUACGAUUCCAAUAAACAUGAAAAAAGGGCUUUGAAAGUCCGAAACAAA